AUGAUGAUAGUAAUUAUAAGAAAUUUUUUAGCUACAAAAUCUCCUAUAGCUCACAAAUAUAUGAAUCAUGGUACAUUAAUAGAUUACCAAUAUCCUGAUUUUACAAAUGAAGAUAACGAGUUUAUCGAAUUUGAUUCAUAUAUAGUUCCAGAUAGUGAUUUAGAAGAUGGUCAAUUUAGAAUGUUAGAAGUAGAUAACAGAGUUGUUAUCCCUGAGUUAACUCACACUAGAUUUGUAAUUUCAGCUGCUGAUGUUAUACAUUCUUAUGCUUGCCCAUCUUUAGGUAUUAAAGCUGAUGCAUACCCAGGAAGAUUAAACCAAGCUUCUGUUUAUGUAAAUCGUCCUGGUACAUUCUUUGGACAAUGUUCAGAAAUUUGUGGUAUACUUCAUAGCUCAAUGCCUAUUUGUAUUCAAUCUGUUUCAAUUAAAGACUUCUUAUUAUGA